UCUGGUAUUAUAUUGUUGCAUGAAAGAUACUACGACAUGCUUGAAAUGUUGGAGUAGCCAAUCAUUUGCAAAUAAAUAUUUUUUUUUGGUAAUUAUAUGAGCAUAUAAUGGAAUGCAAAUAGUAAUCAAAAUAAUUCAUUUUAAUAGUCUAUCGCUUAAUAUAAAUAGAGUAUUACUUGUGUUCAUGUGGGCAGAAAACUUUGCGAUACCUAUUGGUUGUUUUCUACAAUAUUAUAUUAAUUAAUGAGCAAGAACCGCUUAACUUCCAUCGCGCAGUAUAAUCAUCGUUGUUCAUCAUUGACUGGUUAUUACCUUAUCAGCUAUACCACUUCACUGCAGUUGGGAACUUCGUUGUUAUCUUAUCAAUUACUCCGAUGUUUCGCUUCGCUUCUAUGCACUUGAGAUCUCCAUCGUUGCAUUCUUCAGCUAUCAUUGCCAUGAUCUUCACUUUGAUUUUUCUUUUGUAAAAUAUGGGGAACGGAUUGACGACUGACGUCAGCACAGCCGCGGACGACUCACCCGGCGGACAUCCACGGUCCAGUAGUCCUACGUCCAUGCAAGAGAUCCAACAACGCUGGCCGUCCACUCAUCUCGAUGUGGCAGUGGCACUUCAGGAAGGAGCGUCGCCCACCAGACUGUCGGCUGCAGAAGCUUUUUCUCCACAGAGGGACGUCACACUGGCGCCUCCUGAUGAUAAACCAUCUUCUCAUCGCGAGACUACCGAGAUAGGAGCUCAACAAUCGAAUCAAUCAACUUCACCAACCAUGGCAGAUAGUAUGCUGGACUUUUUGAAUGAGAUACGCAAUCAACGGAGAGCGCAUCAGGAGGAUCUAGAAAGAAGUCUGACCAAAAUAUUUCGAGAAGCACAUGUGGACAUGAAUACACGAUUGGACCGUAUGCAGGGAAGCUUUCAUUCACAAGUGAUAAGCCUAGCUGAAGUUUCACAGAAGGAAGUGAUUGGAAAAAAUGCGGAAAUUGGAAAAGUUAUUGUCAGUCAAGUGGAGUUGACUCAAGCGUCAAUAGAGAGUCAAGCUUUCAAAAAAAAUGACAACUUUAUCGCCCUUACAAACUCUGUGGAGGUUGGAGUGGAUUCAACUACAGCCAGUCAUAGUCUAGUUAUCGACUUGAAAGUUGAAAAGAUAGAAACAACACAGCUCAUCACUACUAAGGAAGAUGAUUCAAUCCAAAGGGAAGUUGAGUUGCUAAAACACGAUGAUUCAACUGCAUCUACGAGGUUGGAGAUCUCUACGAAAGGUCGGGAUGUAUGUCAGCUGAACUUCAUAAGCCAACUGCAAAGCAAUCCUUCGGUAUUUUUUGAAAAAAUUGCACUUGGACGAGAAUUGUUGAUCGAGUUUCAUCUUACUUCUGAUUCCCUUCGAAAAUGGAAAAAGGGUUUCUUUCAUCUUCGCACGGGGCCAUACACCAUUGCUCAAGCAUCCAGCCAAGGUGAUAUCUGCAGGGUGAUGUCUGUGGGCGCUUGGUCUAACUUCAGGAGGAUCUUACUCCACAGGAGGCUGUUUCCUUUCAAGAUUUCUGCUGAAUCAUUGACCUACCAGAAUCGGAGUGAAAAUUCAAAUAAGUUGGCCAUUUCAAGACCUUCUAUCCUGGAGAGAGCUCCACCGGAAAUGCAAUCUUUGUCAUAGAGGCCUCUUCAUCACCGUCGUCACGAAAGUCUCUUCACUUCAUGAAUCAUCAACCUACGACUCACAUGGAAUGCAAGUAAUAAAGAGUAAUUUGUUUGCAGUAUGCUCAUAUUAUUGUUAUUAUUCAGAUAUCUAAUUAUCAUAUUAUUAUAUUGUAAGCCUAUAUGUAAAUGUAUCCCAAAGGCGAAUUUAUGUUAUAUUUCUGUGUCACCAACUUGAGAAUUGUCAAGUUGUGUGUUGUGUCUCCUGCUGCCCAUUUAAUGUAUAACAUGUUAAUUAAUUGUGAUACAUUUUUUGUGAACUUGAAUAUCAUAAUAUUCACUAUUCGAGAAUAUUUUUCUCAAUUGAAGCAGAGCCUAAUGUACUCUAUUCUCGAUUUUUAUGUUCUUUAAAUGUUAUGAGAUGGUGCAGCAGGACAAUGUGAUAAAUUUUGUGUUAAAUGUAAGAAUAUUAUGUCUCUUUAUGUGCCAGUGCAGUUAUCAGCACCCUAAGUGCACUCCACUGUUAGGAGUAGCCCUUCUGGUCUGCAAGACGAAAUAUUUGAAGCUAUAUUUCAAAUUAAACUAUACAGUUUUUUGCAUUGGAUAACUGCACAAAACGUUGAACUAACAUGCAAUGCACAUGGUUGCAUGAAUGAACAAUGAUACUCAUUGAUCUUAUAUUUAUAUAAACUGAAAAUGUUAUCAACACAGACAAAACAAAAACAAAAUGAAUAAAUAAACACAUUGAAGAAAAUCAC